AUGUCAAAAGUCAUUCAGAAGAAGAACCACUGGAUCACCAAGGUGAAGGAGUGCGCGGUGGUUCGGGACCCCAGCGGGGAGUUGGACGUGGAGCUGCGCGGCGGCGCGCAGGACGGACAGUUCGCGUACAUUGGACACAUCAGGGAGGAUGCUGUGCUCCUCCAGGAGGGGAGACUGUCCGAGGGGGAGCUGCUGCUGGAGGUGGAGGGGCUCUCUGUGUCUGGAUUACCUCUUUAUGACAUCUACACUGUGAUCAACUGCUGCCAAGGUCCCGUCAGGUUCAAAACAGUCCGCCAGGGUCACAAGCUCAACAAGGAUCUGAAGCAGUUCUUGAGCUUGAGGUUUCAGAAGUCAUCGCCUGACCACAUGUUGCAGAAGACUAUCAGAGCCAAUCUAUAUCGUCAUGCUGUGCCUUGUACAACCCGUGCCCCUCGAGACGGAGAGGUCCCAGGGGUGGAUUACAACUUCCUGUCUGUGGAGGACUUCCUACAACUCGAGGAGAGUGGCACACUACUGGAAAUAGGAACGUAUGAAGGUAACUACUAUGGGACCCCAAAACCGCCGAGGCAGCCCAUCAUUGGGACAGUGACUCUCAAUGAUACGGGCUCCCAUCAGUCCACCCCAAAGCGCACCAAGUCCUACAAUGACAUGCAAAACGUCCGCGUAGUGCCUGCUGACGACGACGAUGACGACCAGGCCACGGAAAUGAACAACAGUUUUACAGGUACCCCUAACGACCAGGACGAGAGCCGUAGCGGCAUUCUUCGGCCAUAUCCUGCACGAGACAAUGCUCUGGCCUGUGGUCUGAACAAUGCAGCCACCUCCACGGUUGAAAGCGGGCAGCAGACUCUUGCAGAACCGCAGGUCUCUCCAGAUGACCCUCUGGGACCGCUGCCUGAAAACUGGGAGAUGGCCUACACUGAGAACGGGGAGCUGUACUUCAUCGACCACAACACUAAGACCACAUCAUGGCUGGAUCCGCGGUGCAGAGACAAAGCCUCCAGGCCUUUGGAAGAGUGUGAUGAUGAUGAAGAAGGGAUACAUACGGAAGACCUAGAAAGUGACAUAGAGCUGCCCCCAGGAUGGGAGAGAAUAGAUGACCCCGUGUACGGAGUGUACUAUGUGGAUCAUAUCAACAGGAAGACCCAAUAUGAGAACCCAGUGGUGGAGGCGCGGCGCCAAAAACUCUUGGAGCAGCAGCUACAGCCGCAGCCUCCAGAAGGUGAGCGGUAUAUUCAAGAGUGGAUAGAGGAGCACUCAGCUGCAGCAGCUUCUUUGGCAAACUUUGCGCCAAACCACCUAGAGACCUACAGGGAACCACAAGUUCCUCCAGCUCUACCUCCAGGCCCCACAGGCAUCAAGAGAGGGAAACCUUUUUUCACGAGAAACCCAGCAGAGCUGAAGGGAACCUUCAUCAACACGAAGCUGAAAAAGAGUCACCGUGGAUUCGGCUUCACUGUAGUUGGAGGCGAUGAGCCUGAUGAGUUCCUGCAGAUCAAAAGUCUGGUGCUGGAUGGACCUGCGGCUGUCGAUGGCAAGAUGGAGACAGGUGAUGUGAUUGUCAGUGUUAAUGACACGAUUGUGCUGGGCUACACCCAUGCUCAGGUGGUGAAGAUCUUCCAGUCCAUCCCUAUCGGCUCCAUGGUGGACCUGGCAUUAUGCCGUGGCUAUCCACUGCCCUUUGAUCCAGACGACCCAAACACCAGCCUGGUGACCUCCGUGGCCAUCUUGGACAAGGAACCCAUCAUUGUCAAUGGGCAAGAGACAUUUGACACACCGGCUAACCAGGUCGGGCUCCUUAACAGCAUGCGUGAGCCACGGCCUCUCAGCCCCUCAGCCGAGGUGGCAUCUAAUGGCUCUCAUGGUUACUCCAGCGAUGUAGUCACCCUGGCCUCAUCCAUAGCCACCCAGCCUGAGCUCAUCACCAUCCACAUGGAAAAGGGGGACAAAGGUUUUGGCUUCACUAUCGCCGACAGUCUCACAGGUGGAGGCCAAAGGGUGAAGCAAAUAGUGGACUAUCCACGUUGCCGGGGUCUGAAAGAGGGGGACAUUCUGAUGGAGGUCAACAAGAGAAACGUUCAGAAUAUGAGUCACAAUCAGGUGGUGGAUCUACUGAGCAAAUGUCCGAGAGGCAGCGAGGUCACCAUGUUGGUGCAAAGAGGAGUGGUGCCAGCCAAGAGGAGCCCAAAGCUGGUGCACCAGUUGGAGAGGAAAGACAGUCAGAACAGCUCCCAGCACAGUGUGUGCAGCCAUCGCAGCACCCACACCGACUCUCCCAGCCACCCACCCUCUAACAUGCCCAGUGAGGCGGUGGUCCCCACUUCUGCUGCCCCCACUCAGCCUCUGCCAGUGUUGCCCCCCCAGGACCCCACAGAUGGCACUCUCACCCUCCAGAAGAAGCCAGACCCCUUUAAGAUCUGGGCACAGUCCAGGAGUAUGUAUGAAAGUCGACUGCCAGAUUGCCAGGAGCAAGACAUUUUCCUUUGGCGGAAGGAUACAGGUUUUGGGUUUCGCAUCUUGGGAGGAAAUGAGCCUGGGGAGCCUAUAUACAUAGGGCACAUAGUGAAGUAUGGGGCUGCGGAUGAAGAUGGCCGCCUGCGGUCGGGUGACGAGCUCAUCUGUGUGGACGGCACAGCUGUAGUGGGCAAAUCUCACCAGCUGGUGGUGCAGCUGAUGCAGCAGGCUGCCAAGCAGGGCCACGUAAACCUCACCGUCAGGCGCAAGACCCCUGGAUACGGAGGUUCAAAAGGAGAUGGCGACGUUCCCCCAUCCCCGGCCUCCUCCCAUCACAGCAGCACCCAGGCACCCAGUCUGACAGAGGGAAAGCGGACCCCUCAGGGGAGCCAGAACUCGCUCAACACCGUCAGCUCUGGCAGUGGAUCCACCAGCGGUAUAGGCAGCGGUGGUGGAGGAGGCAGCGGGAGUGCGGUGGUGCCUGCCUCUCUGCAGCCUUACGAUGUGGAGAUCCAGCGAGGAGAGAACGAGGGAUUCGGGUUCGUCAUAGUGUCGUCCGUUUCAAGGCCAGAUGCCGGCACUACUUUCGCUGGGAAUACUUGUGUGGCAAUGCCCCACAAAAUAGGACGCAUCAUCGAGGGCAGCCCGGCAGACCGCUGCGGGAAGCUGAAGGUGGGGGACAGAAUACUGGCUGUGAACGGCUGCUCCAUCACCAACAAGUCUCACUCAGACAUCGUCAACCUGAUCAAGGAAGCCGGGAACACCGUCUCACUCAGGAUCAUCCCAGGUGAUGAAUCUUCCAAUGCUUCUCUGCUGACUAAUGCUGAGAAGAUAGCUACCAUCACCACGACACACACACCUCAUUCCACAGAGCCCAGGAAUAAUUCCAAGUCAAAAGGAGCGCCCCCUCCACCCCCAUCACAGCCUCACACACAGGAAGCAGAGUUUUAUUCUGUGGACCUCGAGAGGGACAGUAAAGGCUUCGGCUUCAGUUUGAGAGGAGGACGGGAGUACAACAUGGACCUGUACGUGUUGAGACUAGCAGAGGAGGGGGCUGCUGUCAGAAAUGGCAAGAUGAGGGUGGGAGACGAGAUCUUGGAGAUCAACGGUGAGAGCACAAAGAGCAUGAAGCAUUCACGAGCCAUCGAGCUGAUCAAGAACGGCGGUCGGAGGGCACGACUUGUCCUGAAAAGAGGCGACGGGUCUGUACCUGAGUAUGCGAUGAUGGCUCCUCAUCUCGCUGUUGGUACAAUGAGGAAUGACAAGAUGGGAGAGCCCUGUUUCUACCUAAUGGGCCAAAAUCAGACCACGAUGGCAGCAGUGACGGGAACCCUCCCACACCCGGGGCACAAAACACUCCGGAAGUGAGGACGUUGCCACACAG